AUGAAGUUCUUUGAAAGUAAAGUAUCUUUAGCCGCUAUGGCGCUUUCGUUAUCCUACCUUUCAAACGGUCUUUCCAUACCUUCUAUGGCGGGCUCAAGCGAUUCCUUGUCCCUACGCGAUACCAAGCAACAGCAAUGCCUCCGCAUCAUGCCACUAGGGGCCUCGAUCACAUACGGAAAGCAUUCCACGCCCCCAAAUGGAUACCGCAAGGCUCUACGAGAUCAUCUCACGUCUCUCAACUACAAUGUUGACAUGGUCGGAAGCCAACACAGCGGCGAUUUCGAGGAUAACCAGCACGAAGGAUAUCCCGGGCUUCGCAUUGACCAGAUCGCUGAUAAGUUCAAUGCCUCUUCGGAGCGCGACUCAAAGCCGAAUUUGUUCCUGGUCAACGCCGGGACGAACGAUUGCCAGCAGAACUAUCGUGACAUGGUCGGUACUUCGGAGCGCUUGGGUGAUAUGACCGAGUUGAUCUGGAAGCAUUCCGAGAAAGCGACUAUUGUUCUUUCCACUGUGCUCGCCUCGUACAAUGAGAAAAAAGCGCCGGGAGCUAAUGCGCGUGUCACUGCUUUGAACGUGAAGAUUAGAGAUCUUGCCAAGUCGCUGAAGAGCAAAGGCCGCAAGAUAGUGCUUGCCGAAAUGAAUGAUGGUGUCCUCCAAAAGUCCGACAUUAGUGAAGAUGGCAUUCAUCCAACAAAUGAAGGUUACAAGAAGAUGGCGGACGUGUGGGCUAAAGCAAUCGCCUCAGCACGUGAACAGAACUUUCUAGAGGAACCAGAAACCACCACGAUGAAUUAG